AUGGCCCAAAUAAACUACCGCACCAUCAACAUCGAUGUGCUCGACCCCGAGUCAUCCAUCAACUUCCCCAUGGACACCCUCCUCCCGGCAAACCUCCCCGAACCUAUCAACUCCGGCGCCGCCGCUUCUGUUGCGCAACAAGUGCGCCAAUUACUUCGAGGUGGUGAUUCGGAAGGCGCUCUUAAACAUGUGCUCGACACAGCUCCAUUAGGCGGCGAUGCACAAGCAAAGGAAGUCCAUUUGGCCACGGUCAUUGAUGUUCUUCAGGGCAUUCGACAGGGAGAGAUGCUCAAGGUUUUAGAGGGUGUGAUAAGUGGUGAGGGUGGCACUGAGCGAGCGGAUUGCUUGAUGAAAUACAUCUACAAAGGCAUGGCCGUACAGUCGUCCACUAGCGGUGCUCAAUCUCCUUCCUCGCGCAAGGGCCUUUCUCCGCAAGCUACCGGCUCGGGAUUCUCUCAGGUGCAGUCACGCAACUUUGGUGAAGGAGGUGGUGGUCAACAGAUGAGUGUGUUGCUGAGCUGGCAUGAGAAGCUUGUGGAGUUGACUGGACACGGAACUAUUGUUCGCGUUCUUACUGAUCGUCGAACGGUGUAA